AUGACUGCCUAUAUUUCAUCUUCUCCUGAUGAAGUGACACAGCCUGCUUCAACGUCACAAAAUGUUACAUACAGCAUUUCUGAAGAAUUGCCUGUGUUUAAUAAUGAAGAGGAAAUACCUGUAUUUGAAGAUGAAGAAAUAUCAGCAACAUAUUUGGAAGAACAAUUUAUUGCUAGUAUUGAUGUUGUAGAUAGCAAUAAUAGCUCAACGCCUACAUGUAGUUCCAAUGCAACAACAAAUCAUCAGGAUGUGCCCAUAAGGAUCAUUAAGGUGCACAGGUCUCUUACUAGGGAAGAUAUGCUUCAGAUUUUUUCUGAUCCAUCAAUAUUAAAUGCUAGUUUGCAUGCAGUAAUUAUUAAUCAACUUGGUCAUCAGGAAGUUGGAGAAGGCACAGGGGUCUUAAGGGAAGUAUUUUCUUUGUUUUGGAAAGAGUCCUAUGAGUCGUAUAUGUUGGGUGAGAGUGAGAGAGUUCCCUAUAUAAGGCACGAUUUUAACAGGGCAAAAUGGGAAGAUGUUGGGAGAAUACUUGUGAAAGGGUACAGUGAGUGUCUUUAUUUUCCCUAUCGGUUAAGCAAAGUUUUUCUUAUUGCAUGUCUUUUUGGCGAAAGUAAUGUGACCAGCCAAAUGCUGCUGGAUUCAUUUAAGCAUUACUUGUCUCAUUCUGAAGCUAGUAUAGCAGAUGCAUGUUUGAAUAAUAGCAUUCAAUGUGAAGAUGAUGAGUUACUUGAGUUUUUGUCAGCAUUCGAUUGCAAGCGAAGAAUUACAGAAAAUAGUCUUAUAGACAUAGUAACGUGGUUGCCCAUAAAGAAAUAA